ACAUCCUCCAUCUGGAUUUGGACAACAAUCAUUACCGUCAUCACUAACAUUACAACCAAAUAUAAAUCCGCCCUAUAAUUUACCAUCAGUAGAUUAUCAUUCCAUAAAUGAAAAUGUGAUAACUGAAAACUCAUCACUACCAAAUAAUUCAUUUGGAUAUGUCAGUUAUUAUGGUGCUGAAACAGCAAGAUCGAGAAAAGAUGAUGAUCGCUGGUAUUCAAAAUUAGGAAAUAUUUGUUGUUUUCCAUCGCAAAAUUGCAACAUAAUUUCAUAUAUAAAAGAGCUCAAAAACGUGAUGACAAAACCAUCAUUAUACCGUUACGUUUUCAUGUUUGUACCAUUAAAUAUCAUACAUGGGGUAGCUUUUGGUAUUAUAUUAUUUCCUGCUCAUGAUCUCUAUGACAAGUCAUUAUUUGGUGCUUAUAAAUAUGUUGGAAUGAUGAUGUUUUUUACGAGAGCGGAAAUAAUUGAAAAUCAUGCAUCGGCAAACCUAUAUGUUAAAUAUGAUGUGGUUUACACAAUAAUAUUUGCUUAUGCUAUAAGUGCCAUACUAACUGGUGUUGGACUUUUAUUAUUUGUAAAAUUCAAG